AUGGCGGACGGUUCAGCAUCUCCAGCCGAUAAUGGCGAAUCCACGCAGCCCGCUCCCGCUGUCUCGAUCCUCGCUCCAUACUCAAAAAGGGUCGUGAUCAAAACUGUUCUCGGUGCACCAGAUGGCGGCUUGUCAUUAGUUGGGCAGACGUUAGUGGUGGGAGGAUGGGUGAAGACUGGGCGAGAGCAGGGCAAGGGAACUUUCGCCUUCCUAGAGCUCAACGACGGAUCGUGCCCCGCCAACCUUCAGGUGAUCGUGAAGGCUGAGGUGGCGGCGAUUGGGGAGCUGGUGGCGACGGGCACGUGCGUGCGCGUGGAGGGCGAGCUGAAGCGCACGCCUGAGGGGACGAAGCAGCUGGUGGAGGUCCACGUCAGCAAAGUGCUCCACGUGGGUCCGUGCGACGCUGGCGUGUACCCCAUCGCCAAGACGAAGCUGUCGCUCGAGUACCUGCGAUCCGUCAUGCACCUGCGACCGCGCACCAACACGAUCGCGGCGGUGGCGCGGAUCCGCAACGCGCUGGCGUUCGCGACGCACAGCUUCUUUCAGAAGCACGGCUUCCUCUACGUGCACACGCCCAUCGUCACCACCAACGACUGCGAAGGGGCUGGCGAAAUGUUCCACGUUACCACCCUCAUCGCCGAAACCGAGCGCCGCGAAAAGGCCCUCUUGGAAAACCCCCCUCCCACGGACGCUGACGUGGCGGCCGCCAAGGACGCCGUGACAGCAGCGGGCGCCGCGGUGAAGGCUCUCAAGGAAGCCAAGGCGAGCAAGGAGGAGAUUAAAGCCGGCGUGGCGGAGCUAACGAAGGCCAAGGAGGCGUUAGCUGCCUUAGAGGCACGGGCGAAGAUGCGGCCAGGGCUGCCGCGGAAAGGGGAGGACGGCAAGGGGCCCGUGGACUUUGGAACGGACUUCUUUGCUCGGCAGGCGUUCCUGACGGUUUCGGGGCAGCUGCAGGUGGAGACGUACGCGUGUGCGCUGAGCAGCGUGUACACGUUCGGGCCGACUUUCCGUGCGGAGAACUCCCACACAACCCGCCACCUGGCGGAGUUCUGGAUGGUCGAGCCCGAGAUUGCCUUUGCUGACCUGGAGGAUGACAUGAAAUGCGCGGAGGACUAUGUGCGAUUUCUCUGCCAAUGGCUGUUGGACAACUGUCACGAUGACAUGCAGUUCAUGACCAAGAUGUUUGACAAGACCGCUCUGGACCGCCUCGCACACGUGGCAUCGUCGCCCUUCGCCCGCGUGACGUACACCGAGGCGAUCGAGCUGCUGCAAGAGGCGAUCAAGAAAGGGAAGAAGUUUGAGAAUGCGGUGGAGUGGGGCAUCGACCUUGCGAGUGAGCAUGAGAGGUACCUCGCGGAGACGCAUUUCAAGACGCCAGUGAUAGUGUACAACUACCCCAAGGAGAUCAAGGCGUUCUACAUGCGGCUCAAUGAUGAUGGCAAGACUGUGGCAGCCAUGGAUGUGCUGGUGCCUGGGGUGGGGGAGUUGAUAGGAGGGAGUCAACGGGAGGAGCGCUAUGACGUCUUGGUCAAGAGGUUGGAGGAGAUGGACUUGCCACGGGAGUUGUACGAGUGGUACCUGGAUCUGCGCAAGUACGGGACAGUGCCCCAUGCGGGCUUUGGUCUGGGCUUUGAAAGAAUGAUUCUCUUUGCCACAGGCAUUGAUAACAUCCGAGAUGCUAUUCCGUUCCCUAGCAACAAGAAGCGCAAGGACGACGGAGACCCUGGAUCUAGCAAGGGUGCGGCAAAGAAAAAGGCGAAGAAGGCGCCGAAUCCUGACGACAUCAUCGUCAACGAGGCGUUGGGCAGCGACGAUGACAAGCUGGACGGAACGGAGAACCACCUGGUGAUGUCUCACCUGCGCGCCAGGAGCACCACCGAUGUCUCCGAGGACAUGUCCCUCGGGGGGACCACAGGCGACAACACGCGCCUGCUUCGGAAGGCUCCAGAGGAGGAGGAGGAAGAGGAGGAGGAGGAGGAGGAGGAGGAGGAGGAGGAGGAGGAGGAGGAGGAGGAGGAGGAGGAGGAGGAGGAGGCGAUGCAGGCGGAGGGCGUGCGGGAGGUGGCCGUGGCAACUGGCCUGGAGGUGCUGUACCAGGAGACCCCCAACUACCGCGGAGCGGCGGCCGAGGCUGACCGCAUGAUCGAGCCAAGGGAGACGGCUAGGCAUGCCUGGCGAGUGCCAGACCUGGGCGUAGAGCCUGUUGCUAGUGCUGCAGAGGAGGCGGUUACUGAGGGGGGUUAG